AUGGGAAUUGAAGAGUUGGCUAAAAAGAAUUCAGAAAAUCCAUCAGUGAUUCGAAAAAAGGGAUAUGAUGAAGUUAAAUUGAGUGAUUGUGACGAUGAUGAGGAGCAGAAAUCGAAAAAAGGGAAAUCGGCGAAAGACGGGAAAAAAGAUGGGAAAAAUGAAGCUAAACUGGAGGUGAAAUCGAAACCGGAAGAGGGUACAAAAACAGAUGAAGAGAAAAAAGAGAAAAAAGAAAUACCUGCGGAGAAAAAAGAGCCGAAAGCAGAAGGCAAUGAGACUGCACAACCUGCUAAAACAAGUAACGAACCUGUAGUUUCUGCCACCGCUCCAUCAGCUCCCUCGGCAGUUUCGGCUGCGGCUCCAUCAUUGGCUCCUUCACCGGGACUUUCACAGGCUCUUCCAGCAGCAUCGUCUUGCCCGUCGUCCGAAACCAAAUCUAAAAAAGGCAAAAAAUGUUGUUGCAAUAUUUUGUAA